CCCAACUAACUAUAAUAUCUCAUCCCGCUCAUUCAAAUGGCUUCAUCCCAAACCGAGCUCAAACGCUCUAGUUUCCACGAGAAAUUUAUUUUCGGUGGUGCAACAUCGGCAUAUCAGGUAGAAGGUGCUUGGAAUGCAGGUGGUAAAGGCUGGAAUAAUUGGGAUUAUAUGACACGCAAUUAUCCUAAAAGCAUUAAGGAUCGUUCAAGUGGACGCGUGGCAAUCGAUCACUAUAACAUGUUCAAGGAAGAUGUGGCUCUGAUGAAGGAAGUUGGUUUAAAUUCUUAUAGAUUUUCUAUUUCAUGGUCCAGAAUAUUACCAGAUGGUAAACUAUGUGCUGGCAUAAGCAAACAAGGAAUCCAAUUCUAUAAUGAUCUUAUAGACGCUCUUUUGGAAGGAGGCAUUGAGCCUUGUGCAACUCUCUUCCAUUGGGACGUUCCCCAAAAAUUGGAAGAUGAAUAUGGCGGCUUCAAAGAUCAUCAAAUUGUGGAACAUUUUUGUGAGUUUGCUGAAAUAUGCUUUUGGGAAUUUGGUGAUCGAGUGAAAUAUUGGAUCACACACAAUGAGCCGUGGUCAUUUACUAUUUGUGGAUAUGUGCGGAAAAGGUUUCCCCCUCUUCGAGGUUAUCCUCUUGAUGCAAAGUCGACUACUCAAAAAUCGGUUGAACAAACAGUUCGUGACUCGGCCAAUGAUCAUAGAAGUAAAAUCAUUGUUCCUCAGCUUCCUUAUUCUGAAGGAGAUGGGAUCAAAGAAGCAGUUCAAAGAGCAUACAAUUCGGAAAACGAUGAUUCCCCUGAAGGAAAAGCAGCUAGAGAACUAGUUGCUGAGGCAUACAAUUGUGAUAACGUUACAAACUCUAAAGAUGAUGCUCCCUCUUCGCCUUCCUCCGAAGGAGAUUCAGUUUCUCAGGAAGAUAAUUCGCCUAGCCCUACUUCCUCGAAAAGAGAUUCGGUCAGAAUAUCUUCUGCGGAUCCCGAAAUGCGUCAAUUUACUUCCUCGAAAGUAGAUCCAGUCAAAGUAUCUUCUCAGCAACAAUACACUUUCUAUAUUAACUCGGACGGAGAUCCGGGAAAAGAACCAUAUAUAGUGGCACACAAUUUGAUCCUUGCUCAUGCACAUGCGGUUAAUAUAUACCGGAAAUAUUAUCAGGAACACCAACAAGGCAAAAUAGGGAUGACAAACGUUACAUUGUGGUAUUAUGCAUUUGACGAAAACAAACAAGAGGAUAAGGAGGCUGCAUUGAGAGCACUCGAUUUUUUGUUAGGAUGGUUUGUAGACCCUGUAAUGACAGGUGAUUAUCCACCCUCCAUGAGAAAAAAUGUAGGAGAACGUCUUCCUGAAUUUAAACCAGACGAGAAGGCGCUAGUGAAAGAUUCCUGUGAUUUCUUAGGCAUAAAUUAUUACACGGCUCGUUAUGCCCGGAAUAUAUCUCCACAGGAUGCAAGACCACAGGAUUCAGAAGUACAUUAUGAAAAUGAUUUGCGUUUUAAAGCGGAGAAUAGUCGCGGUGGCAAGCCGAUCGGUGAUCGGGGUGGUUCGGAUUGGUUGUACAUAGUUCCAGAUGGAAUAUACCAGAUCAUGGUUCAUAUAAAGGAAAAAUAUAAUAAUCCUGAGAUUAUCAUUACAGAGAAUGGGCUGAGUCUAUCGAGAAACGAUGAACUAACAAUUUCAGAGGAUCUUAAUGAUGAAAUAAGGGUUAACUAUUUCAAGGGCCAUAUUGAAAAUAUUAGCAAGGCAAUAGAAGAUGGUGUAAAUUUGACAGGUUACUUCAUAUGGUCUUUUUUUGAUAAUUUUGAAUGGGACAGUGGGUACAAUGUUAGAUUUGGAGUUUAUCAUGUAGACUUCAGGGAUGAUUUGGAAAGACGCCCUAAAAAAUCAGUUAUGUGGUGGAAGGAUUUCCUGAACAAGUCAUAGGACUCCAUGGCUACAGGAUGUCAAAGCAUAAAAAAAAACGACACAGCCCUGCGAAAAGGCCAAAAUGCAACGAUGUUUGUAAAUUAACAAUUACUCCUUACUUUACUUUAUUUAAAAAUGUUGUGUGGAAUAAUACAAGCAUGGAUACAUGCUUGACGUACCUUUAGUUUCGUCCUUUAUUCUCUUGUGGGAAGAGAAAUAAAGUAACUUCUAGUCAUUAUAUUCAAAUAAAUGGACCCCUUCGAAGUUCCAAGUGUAAUCUCGUGUAUUUGCAAUAAUGAAUAUUGAACUUUCACAUCUGGUUA